CCAUGUGUGUGAACGGUUCAGAGAUAAAGGAAUCGGUUGCGACUUGGCUUGCGAGUCGCGACGCGACGAGCGGUGUCAGAAUAAAAGACAUAAAAGUGAUAAAUAUUCUGGGUCUGGGAGAAAGUUUCUUACUUGUAAUGCUUAUCGUUGUUGGCAGGAGAUAAAUGUCAAGAAAUGUCGACUGAUAAAGUUUCCAAACAAAUGUGAGAGGGUGGAGGAUCGCAUCCCUGAGCCGUGCCGAAAGGGCGAGGAGGGACGAUGUUGAAGAUAUUUCACUUCAAACGUAUCGUUUACCCGGCGGUGCUUAUUUUCUUCAUCUACGCCACCGUCGAAUACUUCAGAUCAAAGAUUUCCAAUGAGGCCUACAACAAGAGGCUCCAAAUCUGGGAUGUUGCAGACAAAAUCAACUAUGUCAACAUCUCUUUGCCAUACAAGGUCGGGGAGCAGGCUUGUCGGCAUCCCAUGCUGGACGUCCAUGCACAUGAAAUAAUGAAAUUGAUGCAUCCACCAACCCCAAUUGUCUGCAGCGAAACUGAAGAUUGGGUAACGAUUGAGGGCAAUGUGGCUAAAAUAACUGAGAAGGCCAAGAAACUUCACGGAAAUGUCCUUUGCGCAUUUACAGACAUCAUCAGAGAGACCGACACGAUGAACAAAAACAGUCCCAGGGUCUUCAGCAGGUCUGAAUACACGCUGAACAAAAGUGAUUUCAUCAGGGUUUCUUGCAACGGCUCUGAUGGGGAAAGGUGGAGAGGCAUUCUGGCUGGGAUUAGGAGAGACCCCGAGGCUGCUGGCAGAUCAUCCUGGGACAAGGUUAAAGCAGAUGGACUGCCUGUCAAUGUGAUUAUUUGGGGGUUCGACUCCCUGUCGAGAAACAUGUUUAUUCGAACGCUGCCUAAAACCUACCAGUACAUGAAGGAUGAGUUAGGUGUUGUGGCCCUUGAGGGUUACAACAUUGUUGGUGAUGGAACCCCUCAGGCUCUCAUCCCAAUUCUCACUGGACAAACUGAGCUGGAGCUGCCAGAAACUCGGAAGCGCAUGGGCUCCAAAGCUAAAUUUGUCAACGUCUACCCCUUUGUUUGGAAUGACUUCCAAGAAAACGGAUAUGUCACAGCAUUCCAUGAGGACAGUCCAAAUAUAGGAACAUUUACUUAUCGACUGCGUGGGUUCAAUAAACAGCCGACUGAUCAUUACAUGCGUACCUUCUUUGUGGCCGCCCACCCUGAGUUUGGAGGGGAGAAAAAAUUCUGCAUGGGAAGCAUUCCGAGGCACAAAAUUAUGAUGAAUCAAGUGAAGAAUCUCUACCACACCUAUCCCGACAAGCCAAAGUUCCUGUUUAGCUUUCACUGCGAAUUGUCUCAUGACUCGAUCAACCAAGUAACUUCGGCUGACGAAGACCUUCUUGAGCUUUUCCAGUGGAUGAAAACGGAAGGCCACUUGAACAAUACGUUGCUGGUUGUCAUGAGUGAUCACGGUCAUAGGUUUAUGCAGAUCCGUGACACUCAACAGGGCAAACAGGAAGAACGGCUGCCCAACUUCCUCUUUGUCUUUCCACCGUGGUUCAAACAACGAUACCCUGAGCCCUAUCAAAACUUUAUGAGCAACUCUAAAAGACUGGCAACCCCGUUUGACAUAUAUCCUACCCUGAAAUCAAUCCUGAACUUUCCGCCUGCGCAUGGAAAUAAUUUUGGCACCGGCAGUGUGAAAAAUCGAUCCAUCAGCCUUUUUUCAGAGGUCCCUAAAGAACGGACUUGUGAGAAUGCAGGAAUUGAGCCUCACUGGUGUGCGUGUUUGUCGUGGCAUGAGCUAAGGCCUGGCGAAGACUUGAUUGCACAGAAGGCAGCCAUUGCUCUUAUCGAUGCCAUCAAUCGAGAAACUCAGCCUACCAGGAAAAUUUGCCACAAUCUCAUUUUGAAUCGCCUUUCCUGGGCAGGUCGCUUCCAGCCCCACAAGGGUCUGUUGCAGUUUCAGAAAAACGCCGAUUUGGACGGCUUUGUACCUGACCUCAGUGCCCACACCGAUGUGACUCAACUGCUCUAUCAGGUCAAGGUGCAGGCUAAGCCAGGGGGAGGCGUCUUUGAGGCGUCACUCCGUUACGACACUAGAGACCAGAGCUUUGCAAUUAAGGUUGAUGACAUUUCAAGAAUCAACAAAUAUGGUUCUGCAGCACACUGUGUUGAAAACACACUUGAGCACCUCCGUAAAUAUUGCUACUGUAAGGAACCACCACCAACCACCCAGCCUGUAUCAUCGUCAACCCUCAACACUAUCCGCUCACGCUGACUGCAGUGAUCGAGCUUUUCCUUUUAAGGGCGUCAAAUACCUCACGCUCUAGUCAGUAUUUUCUGUGACAGUAGAAACAAAGGUUAUGAUCAGGCACAGCUGAUUUACUCGACAAACUGUUCGUAAUUAACUUCAUAACUAACCCAAUGCUUUUGUGAUCAAAAUGCGCACCUCAGACUCUUUCAUAGGAAUCAGCUGUCUUUUGGUAAAUGUGCGAAUUAUAUUUGGAUGAUCUGAUUAUUUUGUGCCAUUGGCCUAUACAAGCACACUCUUGAUAGUUCAAAAUCAUUUCAUUGAAUCUCGAAGAGGCAUUUUUAUGUCCAAAUGAUUAAUUACUUCUUUUGUGUUUUGAUUCUCGUCGCACAAGUUCAAAUAUUAACUAAUCUUACUUAUGCAUUUAGGCAAGAACAUAUUUCAAUAACAAAAAUGCUCAUUAUCAUUUGGCUCAGCUGAUAUUUUACUCAAAGUUAUAUUGAGUUAUUUCUGUUUCCGAACCUAAGCUCAUUCCAGAGCGCCACUUACUUAAACUUAAUAGAAAAGUUUGAAUGGUGGCUUAUAUUAAUUUUAAAGCUAUUUUUAUUCCUACAUGUAUGUACUUAAUUGUUUGCAGGGUAUUAUUUGCAUUAUUAAAUCAUUGUAAUCUCAACGUAUCAGUUUGAACAUGUGGGAAAAUACAGCAUUUUAUUAGCAAAAUCAACUAGGCGGUUGUCAUACACGGUCAUACAUAUUUUUAUGCAACUUAAAAGUGUUUAAAGUAACUGGUUUAUAUUUUAUAGAUAAAAAUUCAAAAAAAGUUAUCAUUCCUUCUUGUCACUUCUUGUGUACUUAUUUUACUUAAUUUUUAACCAAGUUUAAGGCUGCAAAAAAGUGUCAAAAUAAUUGAGGAAGUGUUUAUUUAAUUUAUUGUAAUGUAUAACAAAUAGAAAUUUGAUGUCUGCUUAACAAUAAAAAAAAUUAC